AGACAGCCGUUCUCUUCGGCGGCAGGGGCAUGGAGGAGCGGCGGGCUCCGAGCCGCGCCCCGGAGUCCCCGAAACUUCCGAGCAGGCGCCCGAUCGCGCCGCUGCCGCCGCAGCCACCUCACCUGCCGGCCUGAGAACGGGACCAUGGAUGAAAGGUUCAACAAGUGGCUGCUGACGCCGGUGCUCACUCUCCUCUUCGUGGUCAUCAUGUACCAGUACGUGUCCCCUUCCUGCACCAGCUCAUGCACCAACUUCGGGGAGCAGCUCCGCUCCGGGGAGGCCCGUCCGCCCGCUGUCCCGAGUCCUGCCCGACGGGCACAAGCACCCCCUGAUGAGUGGGAGCGGCGGCCCCAGCUGCCACCGCCACCCCGGGGACCGCCCGAGGGGUCUCGUGGGGUCGCGGCUCCCGAGGAUGAGGAUGAGGAUCCGGGGGACCCGGAGGAAGAGGAGGAGGAAGAAGAGGAGGAGCCGGACCCCGAGGCUCCCGAAAACGGCUCCCUGCCCCGGUUCGUGCCUCGCUUCAACUUCACCCUCAAGGACCUGACCCGCUUCGUGGACUUCAACAUCAAAGGGCGGGAUGUGAUCGUGUUCCUGCACAUCCAGAAGACCGGGGGCACCACAUUCGGCCGGCACCUGGUGAAGAACAUUCGUCUGGAGCAGCCAUGCAGCUGCAAAGCUGGCCAGAAAAAGUGCACCUGCCACCGGCCGGGCAAGAAGGAGACCUGGCUCUUCUCCCGCUUCUCCACCGGCUGGAGCUGCGGGCUGCAUGCCGACUGGACCGAGCUCACCAACUGCGUGCCGGCCAUCAUGGAGAAGAAGGAUUGUCCCCGCAACCACAGCCACACCAGGAAUUUCUACUACAUCACGAUGUUGCGGGACCCAGUGUCACGUUACCUGAGCGAAUGGAAGCAUGUCCAGAGAGGGGCCACAUGGAAAACCUCUCUCCAUAUGUGCGACGGAAGGAGCCCCACCCCAGAUGAGCUGCCUACCUGCUAUCCUGGGGAUGACUGGUCUGGGGUCAGCUUGCGGGAGUUCAUGGAUUGUAGCUACAACCUGGCCAACAACCGCCAAGUGCGCAUGCUGGCCGACCUCAGCCUGGUGGGCUGCUACAACUUGACUUUCAUGAAUGAGAGCGAGCGGAACACCAUCCUGCUGCAGAGCGCUAAGAACAAUCUGAAGAACAUGGCCUUCUUUGGGCUCACUGAAUUCCAGAGGAAGACACAGUUUCUCUUUGAGAGGACAUUCAACCUGAAGUUCAUCUCUCCUUUCACACAGUUCAACAUCACACGGGCAUCCAACGUGGACAUCAAUGAUGGAGCCCGUCAGCACAUCGAGGAGUUGAAUUUCCUGGACAUGCAGCUUUAUGAGUAUGCAAAGGAUCUCUUCCAGCAACGCUACCAUCACACCAAACAGCUAGAGCACCAGAGGGACCGCCAAAAGAGGCGUGAGGAGCGGAGGCUGCAGCGAGAGCACAGAGCACACCGGUGGUCCAAAGAGGAUAGGGCCAUGGAGGGGACUGUCACUGAGGACUACAACAGCCAAGUGGUCAGAUGGUGACCCUCUGCCUGCUCCUUUUUAUGAUGGGGGAUAAGCAGGCCCCUCCUCCUUCUCUUGGAUUACGUGGAAGAAGUUGGGCCAUGAUGAGAACCUCUGGCUUUAUGUGACUUCAUUUGGACACAUGCUUCCCCUCUAUCUUCAUUUUCAAUCCAGCUGGGAAUUUUUGUCCUGUUCUCCUUCUUUUCUAGACAUUUUCUGAUCACUGAUAUUAAGUGGGGGUGGAAAUAUAUCCAAAAGACCACUGUAGAGGGGGUCAGGAAAGAGGUUUCCAAGAGGCGAAAGUCUGUAGUGUCUUUGCCACUCCCAGUGGGUCAGUUUGGGAACCUGGAACCCACAGAAGCGCACAGGAGAACCAAAUCCAUAGUUUGGAUGCUCUGCUGAUUGCAGUGCGUUUCGCCCAAUUGAACUUUAGUCUAUUUAAAGAAAGAGAGAUCUUUUUGUCCUUGGAUGAGCCUCUCACCCAGUUUUGAAUUUGGGAACCAUUAACAUGAGGUUUGAAUCAUGCAUAACAUGGUUCGUCUCUACAGUUGUUUUUAAACAAAAAUUCCUGUAACAUUGAACAUAGCUAGAGACUGCUAGGCUACAACCUCCAAGAUUAAAGCCCUAAGCCGCAUGUCCACUCUACCUUUUAAGGAACAAGGAGUGCACACUAGGCAGAGCUGGUUGUGGAUCUGAGAAAUGAACACUGGCAGGACAUCUUGGGGAGUACACUCAUUUAGUGAUGACCAACGGGAUUGCACUUUAUUACCGUUCACCUUCCAGAUAAAGAAUAAAUAAAAAAAUUCAAAGAGCAACAGCAAAGAAACCAGGAGGAAACACCUCAAUUUUUAAACUAGCUUUAGGACCUUAGCUGUUGAGAGAAUGGCAGACUUUUAUCUUUGUGGAGCAGAUACCUUCUCAGCCAGGUUCAGAAUUCUGCUAUCACAAAAAGAUGUGUCAAAGAACUUGGCUUGAAGGACAGGAGCUAAAACACUGAGCACAUGUAAUACAUUCCGGUCAGUAAAUGAGUGGGGCCAGGAGAUUCCGCAAAGCAUCCAUGAGACCAUUAUAUCCAGGUUCAGAAGGAUGCUGCGCUUAACAUUGCGGUGUCUCUAAACCACUACCUUCCUACAUGAUUAUUGCCUGUUCUAUGGCUACAACCAGAGAACCAAGCUACUGUGCACAAAACUGAACCAAAACCGCACUGCACUGCCCUAGGAUCCGUGAGCUUGCUCGUUCAAUCCACAGCAGCAACCACUGCUCUGGAAAGGAGUAGGGAGGGGGGAAUAGAAAGUCUUCCUCUCACAUUCCAGAAGAUCAGAGAGGGUAGAAGUCUUACAGCACAUUGAUAAGAUCAAUCCUUUUAAGCAGCCAAAGGCCAAAGGCUUGAGACCCCCUAAAUCAGAUCCGAAAGCCUAUUUUAUUGAUGUCCUACAUGUUUGAUGUUUAAGCCAGCUUUACAUAAGCCACUUCUCAGACUUAAGAAUGCUUUCUCUGGGGCUGCAAAAGCCAUCAUGCCCCAGUGUUUAUGGAGUGCCUGACGCAGCAGGCCAGCAUCUCUUGUAGAUUGCAGCAGAGGAGUGGCUUUGGUAUCUCUUUCACUGUGAUUGGCAUCUACUGUGCAGCAGGAAAUGACAUCACUGCAUGGCCUUCCAGGUCUUCAUUAUAUAGCUGAGAAAAUGAAGACCACAGAUGGAAUGAGGUUCCCAUGGAGGUCACAAGACAGACCUGACUGUUGACACAGCACAUGGUUCAUAUCUACAUUCUGCUUCACAUGUAGUGCAGAUCACCCUGCCAUUUAUACCAGAAGCCAGAUGUUAUCAGUCUGAAGUACCUGUUCUUCCUGAUCCACCAAGGUGGCCCAAUGUAAUGAGAUCACACUUGCCGUGAUCGGGAGCCCUUCUCCUCAGGGUGAGCCUCUCCUCCUCUCCAUCGCACUAGUGAGCUGGAGAGAUGGAUGACUUCUCUGGUAAUUUUUGAGCUACACACAGAUGUAAAUUUAAAGUGGACAAUUAACCACGGCUACUUAGUUGGUAGAGAUGAGACCUCUCAAAACAUGCAGGUCUCUUUAUGAUGAUUGGCUCUGGAGGAGCGGAGAGGGAAGCGGAUAGCAGGCACGGAUGAGAACUCAUUCAGUGGUUAAGACCCAGUGGUCUGCCAGAAAGGGAAACCUAAAAACUUAACCUCUUCCAUUAGUUGUGUGAGUGCUAAACAUACACACACACACACACACACACACACACACACACACACACCUCUUCAGUAUUUUUUCAAACAGAAAAUCAAAACAGGUCAGAAAGCAUCUGAUUGAUUCUUUUAAACUUACUGUGCAUUUUGGCAAGGACUUCUGGGAGGUAGCCCCUACUACCUUCACACUAUUCCUCUGGGACCUUGGGGAUUAUAUCAAAAGGCUCACUGACACCUCACUGCUGAAUGCACAGGGUAUGGACUUCCCUCUGGGUGAGAGCAGAGAGCAAGACGGUGUGAGAAGGAGACGCCAUCUCCAUGUUAUGCUCAGGCCAGUGCUAAGUGAACUGGGAAGACUAGCAUGGCCUCUGCGCCCAUACAGCUCCAUUCAGGAGCAUCACAGUCGUCAUGUCCCCAGGGUCCUGCAUUGAUAGAAAUGGAGAGGUGGGGAUGUAAAGUGUUCCCUGGAGACCGAAUGCCCAGCUCCAUGAUGGGUGCUGCUGUAGGAAGCAGUGACAGGCCCAGGAAGCUAAGGAUGUGUGAGAAGUCUUAUGUCCCAAAACACAUUAGUUCUAACUGCAUUAGAUUCCUUAGAAGAGGAACAACAAUCCCGAGGUUGCCCCCCACUUCCUGUGACUCCUCCAGUUCCCACCCAGGCAUUUCCUCCCUCCCUUCUCCUGGCAGAAGCAGCAUGAGAAAGUGGAUUGGCGUGUAUAUGGUACGUGUGUGUGUGUGUGUGUGUGUGUUCACAGUUUAGGUAGGUGUAGGGGGUGUCUGUUUACAUAUUAUGAGAUUACGUAUGUGUGUGUGAGUUUGUGUCUGUCUGUCUGUCUGCCUGUUUCUAUUUUUAUAGAGUGUGGUGUGUCUGA